ACGUACCAUCCCGAUCAUGCCUGAAACCACCGUGAAAGCGCCCAAGAAGGGCUCAAAGAAAGCCGUGUCUAAGAGCGUCAGCAAGACCGGCAAGAAAAAGAGGAGGACCAGGAAAGAGAGCUACGCCAUCUACGUGUACAAGGUGCUGAAGCAGGUCCACCCCGACACCGGCAUCUCGUCCAAGGCUAUGGGCAUCAUGAACUCGUUUGUGAGCGACAUCUUUGAGCGCAUCGCCGGUGAGGCCUCCCGUCUGGCUCACUACAACAAGCGCUCCACCAUCACUUCCAGGGAGAUCCAGACCGCCGUCCGCCUGCUGCUGCCCGGGGAGCUGGCCAAGCACGCUGUGUCUGAGGGCACCAAGGCCGUCACCAAGUACACCAGCUCCAAGUAGACAGUCCUGCUGACUCUAGUAACAAACCAACGGUUCUUUUAAGAGCCACCCACUUUAUCUGAAGGCUUUUCCCAAGCUUCGUUUGCAACUAAAUUCAAACAUCAUAGAAUAAUGAGGUAUAAAAAUAAGCAGCAUGUUUAUGUUCAUUUAUUUCUAUAUUGUUACAGACCUAAUAAUUCUGGGAAAUAAAACUAAUGCCAUCAAUAUAACAUUCUAUGCCUCUGCAAAUGUUUUGUUGUCUUUGUGCCUGUAAUCUAUGCAACAUCAGUAAAGUUGAAAUUAAUAUUAUGCUCUAUAAAUGCUCUCUUUCAUAUGGAGAGAAAUUUACAAACUUAAACACCACAAAAUUAAACACCCAUUCUAGUUUUUCAUCAUGUGAACAUUCAGAAUAUUUCAGGGUUUUGUUGAAUCAUCUAAUGGAGAGUUCAGCCCUCAUUAUCCACCUCUCCCAAAUCACACAACACAAUCUGUUUUCAGUUGGUGAAUAACACUAUAGUUUACAUUUGUACAUCAGAAACUGUUGGUGGUUGUCAGGUAUGAGAAAUACAGAUGACUUUGUUAAAUUAGCAUGUA